AUGUCCGAAGAUGAUACUCAAGCAACAGUUAAUUCAGUUUCUUCCUCUUCUUCUUCCUCUGCGCACCUCGAACACUUGUCAACAGUGGAACUUACCCUGAGAAGUAUCAGAGAGCUUACUUACUUUACUCGUCCGAGUGCAUUAUCAAUGCCAUUGUCAAAUGAAGAAAAGAGCCUUCUCGAUGAGAUUGACAAGCCCGGGAAGUGGUGGGGGAUAGGAGAAGGCGAUAAUUUCAAGAUCACCUCUCACCAUCAACCACUUCAACCUGACGUCUUGGAACUCUUGGAACGACACAUACUCGAAUUGGCAUCAAAACUCCAAGGACCUUUGUCUCAAAUCACAAUAACUCCAAAUUCCACAUUGUCGCCGGAUGAAGGUGUUGCAAUGUAUCAAUUUGGUGAAUUGACUGACGCUAGAGAGGACCUUCUGAGUUUGGGAGGUAUAAGUGUUGAAGGAGACAAUAAUCAGCAGACACACGGGCAAAGUCAGCCAGAAGAGGAAACCGAUGCAGUCAUUACCCAGGAGAUGGAACCUCAUCGGUAUCACAACCGCUCAGAAUAA